AUGAGACUAUUACGGCCUAAAAUAUCAACUUCAGCUUCUAGUGGAUGUAAUUUCAGAAGACGGUUCCAUUUGUCUAUAGCAUUGAAGCAACUUUCAACUCCAUCUUCGUCGUCAACCACCACGAUCAAAAAGAAGUCCAGGCUGACAAUAGAAGCAAAUGAAAGACAAUUCCGGAUACCAUUGGUUCCAGAGCGUAUAAUCCCAAUAAAUAAACAUGAUAUAACCAUCGACAAUGAAAGUAAUAUUAAAUUGAAUUCACCAAUUACAUUGCAACAAGCUUGGAACUAUUUCUAUGCCACAAAACAGUGUCUUUCAUUCGAAAAGAAGAAAGAAGUGGAGGCAGUUCGACGAAAAUGGUUUGCAAUGACCAACUUGAUGAGAGAGGAUAUUAGACUAGCAUAUCAAGAUUUGUUACAGAGUGGGAAGGAUGUCUGGAACAAGCAACAUGUGCAUCUUAAAUUAACAUUGUCUGAAAACAUUUCGGCACUUACUGGCGUUCGGUUUUCAUUUAGCGAUGAUGGAAGUGGUAAAGUCAUAGUUGACGAUGAAGUUAAUCUACACCAUGCGGAGAAGUAUUUCAAUGAAUGUGCCAGUUCUAGCAUUGAGAUCAGUAACAACGUCCGGUCCUCAUUUGAGACUCUUUCCAAUGAGGAAAAGCUAGCAUAUAGGGAUGCCUACCUUGAAUUGCUAUCUUCUGGAAGGGAUAUGUACAAUGGAAAGAUUGUGCCACUUACAGGAACCCCAUCGCAGAAUGAUGACCACCCAUAUAUUGAACCAGAUCCUGAAGAGGAUAUUGAAAUCAAAAUAUUUAAGCCACAAAACCGUGCUCAGGUGUGUCGCUUUUAUGUAAGCUUCGCUAGCUAUCAGUAUUUGCCCGUUGUCUACCGAAACUCUCAAGAUCACUCCACCGUCGCUGCAGCGGCAGAGGCCAUGGCUCAGAAUCAGUAUUAUCUGUUUUCAGCGGCUCGGAAGGACCAUUAUAAGACAUUAUUCUUCGAUUGGUAUAGUAGAAAGAAAGUUUCAUCAAUGUCAUCCCAGACAAACAGUAAGGGUAAGGCGGAAACAACACGUGAAAUAACCAAUAACGACGCUUUUCACUAUUUCUGCCACCAAAAAAGUAGACAGACAGGGGAGAAAUUCCUCUUGGCUUUAGGAGCUGCUGAAUGGCGUAAACUUUCUGACCAAGAAAGGGACAACUACAAAUCAGUGUAUCAAAAGAUCGUAGAUUCCGGAUAUUGCAUGCAUAAAUUAGGAUUGAUUCCAAUCCACGGAAAAGAGUCAAUUGCGAAAUGGCCGAAGCAAACAAUGCUGAUGAAAACAGUACGUGGAUACCACUACUUGAAGAGGUCUCUACAAUUGAAUAAAUUGGAUGAAGAUGUCCGGGAUCAAUUAACAAUAGAAUGGAGUAAUCUAGGAAAGUCUGAGAAAAAUGCAUUGCUUGAGGAACUCAAGCAAUUGGUUUACGAAGGUAAGGGUGAAUGUUCGACACCAGAAAUGAUUACAAAGAUAGUCAAUAUUGGACGGAGCUUAGACUCGCAAACUGAAGGAAUAGUGCCCACGCGUGAUAAAGUAAGGCUCUAUUACAUCAGGAAACGAUCAAAAGAGUUGUCCAUUACAGGUUUGAGGCCCCUGGCAAUCAAUAAAAUGGCUCUGAACGAGUGGAAAGAAAUGACGUUGCAGGAAUAUGAUAAAAUUGACAGGGAGUAUAGAUCUAAAAUGCCGUCAGAACUGCAAAUUGAUUCGACAGAGAAAGAUGGAGGCAAAGGAAAUUAG